UAUUACCAGUUGCGCACGGUAUUGUGUUGAUCACGUGACCCACCUCCAUCGUAAAUAUUUUUCUCCUGAAAGUGAUUUAUCCCCAAUGUGGCUUUUUAAACUGUAUUAACGACCGCACGACCUAACAUUUCCUUAAUUUAAACGGCGUGGUAUUAGUUCAGCACCUCUAAUCUAUUUAAAUAGUGAAGCUAAGCAGAAAAGAUGAACGUAGAUCUUCCGCAAACAGGACAGACCGGAGCAGCCGCCGCCGCCGCAUCCAGCACAUCCACCACCACCACCACCAGUAGCAGCAGCAGCAGCAGCAGCAGCAACUGCGUCCCGAACAGCAUCUCAGCCGCGAACGCCAGCAGCAUCCCUGCGGUCGGCAGCGGUAAUGUCCCCACCUCAGCUGCCAUGGCAACCCCAUCAUCUGACACCGUGUCAAAUGGGGUGUAUGUGCCCACAGGGAUCGCCAAUGGCGAUGUAAAGCCUGUUAUCUCAACUACACCACUGGCUGAUUUCCUGAUGCAGUUGGAGGACUACACUCCCACAAUCCCAGAUGCAGUCACAGGAUACUACCUCAACCGAGCUGGUUUUGAAGCAUCAGAUCCAAGAAUAAUCCGUCUCAUCUCCCUGGCUUCUCAGAAGUUCAUCUCAGACAUUGCAAAUGAUGCACUGCAGCACUGCAAAAUGAAGGGCACAGCCUCUGGAAGCUCCAGGAACAAGACCAAGGACAAGAAGUACACACUGACAAUGGAAGAUCUGACCCCGGCCCUGUCAGAAUAUGGCAUAAAUGUUAAGAAACCUCACUACUUUAUAUGAGAACAUUUGCCUCACAAAAAACAGACUGCUGGAAAUGUGUUAUUUGUCACAUCAAAGCUUUGAAGAUAUUGUCCUGUAGCACACGAACGAUCAGCCCACUGGGUCAGAAAAGGAACCUUUAGGGAUAUAGCAGCUUUUUUGUAUUUUCUUUAAACAUAUUUGAGUUCUUUGAUUUCACCACACCUUAUGUGACUUUUGUUGACAUCAGUAAAAUUCUCUAUAAAUAAAUUCCUUAUUAAGUUAA